AUGGAAGAACAGUUUCGUCGUCAUCAUGGAGCACAGAAGAGGUCGUACUACCAGGAAGAAACCGUGUGGGUGCGUGACUACUGCCCGGAACAUGAGAAAUGGAUUCCUGCUCGUGUGAAAAAUCGGAAGGGACGAGCCAUAUGCGUGGAGAAAAGCGGCGGAGAGUUAGCUGCGAGAAGACUGAAGCUUCCGGCAUGCCGUUCAACCAGGAAGACCAAGAACCAGUACCAUGGUGUAGCAAGGGCGAUCGUCGACGCCAAGGACAAUGUCAAGGAUCGUGAUCGACUAACCAUCGUGCCGCAGACAACGGCUCGACCAGCCCGACACCGCCGAUCGCCCCGUCUAUUGCAAGCCGAUCCGAAGAUGAAGACGUACGCGAUGCGUUCAUCUUAG